AUGAUACAGUUUAUAAAAUGUUUUCUCCUUUUUAUCCUCUUAUAUUCCUCAGAUAUUAUUAUAUCCAUAAACCCUUCCACUCUUAUACAAAAUCAUUUAUAUAUGUAUCAAACGAACAACAGUAUAAAUGAAGAAAAUAUAUAUAAUAUGAAAAAAUUUAGUAAAUUACCAAUUGCAGAAAAUACCAGAAACAUAAGACACUCCACUAAUGAUCUUUAUUAUGAACAUUCCUUAAAUUUAGAAAAACCCAAUGAACACUUUACGUUACACAAUAUAAAAUUAAUAUGCCAACAAAUUUACCAUAAUCAACCUAAUCAAUUGAAUUUAAGAAUUUUAGCUGUAUUACUUUCUACAUCAUAUAAACAAGAAAAUAUUUCAAAUAUAUUUCAAAAUCUUUGCAAUAAUGGAUUGUCUUGCCUUUUCACGAUACAAUUAAGUAAAAAUAAAACCUUCGUUGAUCAAAAUAAAAUUGUACACUUGAAAAUUAUAGACACAGAUGAUCUAAAAAGAAAUAAAAAUAAUAACAUUAGACAUAAAAUUACAGUUUAUUAUAUAUGUGAAGAUUUAAAAUAUAAAAAUCAAAAACAACAAGAAAGUAAUGAAUUCAAAUAUGUUUUUAAUUAUGAACAGCUAGCUUUUUUAAAAUGUGAAAAUUACCUGACUGUUCAGGUUGAAAAGUUGGUGGGUAUUAAUUACAACAAAGAAUUUCACAACCUUAACCCUGAAUAUAUUUCUUUCUAUUGUUCACAAAGAGUUAUAUGCAAUACACAUAUAGAAGAUUUAUAUAAAGAGGAUGAUAAAAAACGUAAAAAUUAUAUUUUUUAUGAAUUGACCUAUAGGUGUGUACCCCCAAAGGUGUGCUCAUUUUGUGGUAAUAAUUCAACAUGUAAACUAGAGAAAUUGUAUAAUAAAGAAAAAGAGAUAACACAAUUUUACAAUAAUGUAGAAUACAAUGAUAGUGGUGUAUUUGAUAGAUUGCUAUUGAAUAAGGAAGAGGAGGAAGAACGAAAUAAAACAAGUUUCGUAGCUAACUUAGAAUACAAUGCUAUAAAUUAUGACAUUGAUGAUAUGAUAACUGUUGGAAGUAAUACAUAUCAUAUAUUGGAAAUAUGUAAAUGUAGUAAGGAUUAUGUACAAGAGGGUUCAUCUUGUGUUAAAAAGGAGAAAGAUAAAAUUUACAUAAGAUAUGCAAAAAAAUAA